GAAACACAUCCUGAUCUAACAGCGGAGCGUCGGCCUACCGAGUGAAGAGGACGGUACUGAACUCCACCGUGAACUCCAGUCCGAUCUAAAUCAGAGGAGCGAAGAUGACGGGGAGUAAACAGAUCCGAGUGCUGGUGCUCAACGACAUGGAGAGGCUGGACCGGACUCUGUUCCGCCUGGAACAAGGUUUUGAGUUGCAGUUCCGACUGGGUCCGACGCUUCAGGGCAAACGCGUCCACGUUCACGUCAACUACCCGGCCGACGGAGAGACAUUCGACCGGCACAGAUUCCGCGCCCUGGACUGGGUGAAUCUCUCCGGCAGAGAGGACGACUCUGAUAAGUUCUGCUCGCUCGAGGCGCACGUCUCCGGCUCGUACCAGUAUUACUUCGGACACGGAAAUGAGGAGAAGGUGGGAGGAGGGUACGUGGUGGUGGAUCCGGUGCUGCGCGUCGGAGCCGAUAAUCACAUCCUACCGCUGGACUGCAUCAGCAUCCAGACGUACCUGGGUAAAUGUCUCGGGCCCCUGGACGAAUGGCUCGACCGGCUGAGGGUCGCCAAGGAAUCGGGUUAUAACAUGAUCCACUUCACGCCGCUGCAGACGCUGGGCGAGUCCCGGUCCUGCUACUCUCUGGCCGAUCAGUUGUCGCUGAACCCUGACUUUUCCCCACCCGGUAAGAACUACGGCUGGAGUGAUGUGGGGGUCGUGGUGGAGAAGAUGAAGAAGGAGUGGAACAUGCUGUGCAUCACCGACGUGGUCUACAACCAUACAGCUGCGAACAGUGUGUGGAUUCAGAAACACCCCGAGUGUGGGUACAACCUGGUGAACUCGCCCCACCUCAGACCGGCCUGGGUUCUGGACAGGGCGCUCUGGCACGUCACCUGUAACCUCGCCGAUGGAAAAUACGCCCAGCGCGGCGUCCCGGCCCUCAUCCUCAACGAACACCUCAACAGCCUCCGUGGGAUCUUCGGGCAGGACGUGUUUCCUAAGAUUAAGCUGUGGGAGUUUUUCCAGAUCAAAGUGGAGCCGAUAGUGGAUCAGUUCAGAACUUUACUUCAGAACGGAGCCCAACCAGACCGGAGUAAAUUAGACGGUAAAAAGCAGCUGAGGAUCAUCCAGGACCCUCAGUACAGAAGAUUCGGAAGCAAAGUGGAUCUGAAUUUAGCUCUGGAGAUCUUUGUGCCCAGCGGGAACAGUCCCGGAGCGAUCGAGGACUGCUGUACCUGGUUCAGGAAGAGACUGGAGGAACUGAACGCGGAGCAGUACCGCGAGGUCAACUACCAUCAGGAACAGGCUGUUAAUUGUAGCAUGGGUACGGUGGUGUAUGAGCGUGUGGCGGACCACGGCCCCAAACUCGGACCCGUCACCAGGAAGCACCCGCUGGUCACAAGGUACUUCACCUUCCCCUUCAAAGAGGCGACUUUGGAGCAGGACCUGCUGCUGAUGGACCAGCCGGAUAAGUGCUGUCACUUCCUGGCUCACAACGGCUGGGUGAUGGGUGACGACCCACUGAGGAACUUCGCCGAACCGGGAUCUAACGUGUACGUCAGACGGGAGCUGAUCUGCUGGGGCGACAGCGUGAAGCUGCGGUACGGCGGUAAACCCGAGGACUGCCCGUACCUGUGGGCGCACAUGCAGAAAUACACCGAAAUCACCGCCACGUACUUCACCGGCGUCCGGCUCGACAACUGCCAUUCUACACCGCUCCACGUGGCCGAGUUCAUGUUGGCGGCUGCUCGCUCUAUCAGGCCUGAUCUGUAUGUGGUGGCAGAGCUGUUCACUGGCAGUGAGGAACUCGACAAUGUGUUUGUUACUAGACUAGGAAUCUCCUCCCUCAUCCGAGAGGCGAUGAGUGCCGGAGACAGUCACGAGGAGGGUCGGUUGGUGUACCGCUACGGCGGAGAGCCGGUCGGAGCCUUCAUGCAGCCGAGCCUUCGACCUCUGGUACCCAGUAUCGCCCAUGCCAUGUUCCUGGAUGUCACGCAUGACAACGAGUGCCCCAUUCAGAUCCGCUCGGCGUUCGACUCGCUGCCCAGCUCUGGGAUCGUCUCGAUGGCCUGCUGCGCCACGGGAAGCACCCGAGGUUACGAUGAGCUCGUACCUCAUCAGAUCUCCGUGGUAACAGAGGAGCGCUUCUAUCAGAAGUGGAACCCAGAGGCCAAGCGAGCCACGCCCGGCGAGGUCAACCUGCAGACGGGCAUCAUCGCCGGCAAACUGGCACUCAACCGCCUGCACCAGGAGCUGGCGGCUCACGGCUUCAACCAGGUGUUUGUGGAUCAGGUGGACGAGGACGUCGUGGCGGUGACGCGUCACUCUCCCAGUUCGCACCAGUCCGUCGUGGCCGUGUGUCGCACCGCCUUCCGCAACCCCAAACACCACCAGUACUCCAAGGAGGUUCCGCCCAUGUUCAUCCCCGGUAAGAUCGAGGAGGUGGUGUUGGAGGUGCGUACGGUGGAGGUUCAGGCUGGUUCCUAUAAGAAGGAUGAGAGGAGCAUAAACGGCCUCCCUGAGUUCACCGUGGAGAUUAAGGAGCACAUCCAGCUGAAGGACAGCGGGGUGGUGAAGCAGGCCGGGGUCACGUCCCGCGGCCGCAGCGAGUUUGUUCAGGAAAUUGUGUUUGAGCACCUCACGCCCGGCAGCGUCAUCGCUUUCAGGGUGAGUUUGGACCCGAAGGCGCAGGAGCUGGUGGGGUUUCUGAGGAGUCAUCUGGUUCAGUUUAACCCCCAGUACAGAGCAGGGAGUGAAGCGGACAGUAACACUCCAGCUGUACUGAAAACCCCGCUGAAGACGUUGAUAGAGAAACUGUCGCUGGCUGAUCUGAACGUGCUGCUGUUCCGCUGUGAUGCUGAGGAGAAGGAGGACGGAGGAGGAUGUUACAGCAUCCCUGGAUGGACCACGCUGAAGUACGGUGGCCUCCAAGGUCUGAUAUCGGUCAUGGCUGAUAUCCGGCCUAAGAACGACCUGGGCCACCCGUUCUGUGAUAACCUGCGGCAGGGAGAUUGGAUGAUCGACUACGUCAGUAAGCGCCUGGUCUCUCGAGGAGGAACUCUGGGAGAGGUGGGUCAGUGGUUCCAGGCCAUGUUUGGCUACCUGAAGCACAUCCCUCGCUACCUCAUCCCCCGCUACUUUGACGCCAUCCUGAUCGGAGCGUACACCACGGCCCUGGACGCAACCUUCAGUCAGAUGUCACCUUUCGUGCAGAACGGCUCCUCGUUCGUCCGUUUGCUGGCUCUGGGUUCGCUGCAGAUGUGCGGCGUGGGUCGUUUACCGGCUCUGCCGCCCCUCUCUCCAGCGCUGCCCGACGUCCCGCACCGUACCAACAGCAUCACCAAACAGGAAGAGCAGUGCUGCGUCUCCAUGGCGGCGGGUCUGCCUCAUUUCUCGUCGGGAAUUUUCCGCUGUUGGGGUAGAGACACGUUCAUUGCCCUGCGGGGUCUCAUGCUGCUCACCGGGCGCCACCUGGAGGCCAGGAACAUCAUCCUCUCGUUCGCGGGCACCCUGAGGCACGGGUUGAUCCCUAACCUGUUGGGCGAGGGCGUGGGGGCCAGGUUUAACUGUCGGGAUGCGGUGUGGUGGUGGUUGCAGUGCAUUCAGGAUUACUGCACCCUGGUACCCGACGGCGAGGGCAUGCUGCGGUGCCCCGUCUCCAGGAUGUACCCGACGGACGAGUCUGAGGCUCAGGCUCCGGGCACCGUGGAUCAGCCUCUGUGUGACGUGAUUCAUGAAGCUCUGCAGCGCCACCUGCAGGGCAUUGAGUUCAGAGAGAGGAACGCCGGCCCUCAGAUCGAUCGCAACAUGAGAGACGAAGGAUUUAACAUCGUGGCUAAAGUGAUUCCAGACACCGGCUUCGUUUACGGAGGAAAUCGUUUCAACUGCGGAACCUGGAUGGAUAAAAUGGGAGAAAGCGAGCAAGCUCGGAACAAAGGGAUUCCAGCGACACCCAGGGACGGCUCGGCGGUGGAGAUCGUGGGUUUGUGUAAAUCUACACUCCGCUGGCUGGUGGAGCUUCAUAAACAAGGUCUUUACCCUCACAGUACCAUCAGCGUCCACAGAGAAGGGAAGCAGCUCACCGUUUCCUACGAGGACUGGAACCGAAAGAUCCAGGAGAACUUCGAGAAGAUGUUCUACGUGUCUCACGACCCCACCGACCCCAACCAGAAAAACCCCAACCUGGUCCAUAAGAGGGGCAUUUACAAAGACAGCGUGGGGGCAUCGAGCCCGUGGUGCGACUACCAGCUCAGACCAAACUUCACCAUCGCCAUGGUGGUGGCUCCAGAGAUGUUUACAGUCGAGCGAGCCUGGGAGGCUCUGAGCGCCGCUGAGGAGAAGCUGCUCGGCCCUCUGGGAAUGAAAACCCUGGAUCCAGAUGACAUGGUUUACUGCGGCGUCUACGACAACUCGCUCGACAACAACAACUACAACCUUGCCAAGGGAUUCAACUACCACCAAGGGCCUGAGUGGCUUUGGCCAGUCGGUUAUUUUCUACGAGCUAAAUUAUAUUUUGCGAAGAAGCUGGGGAAGGAAACCUACGAGCAGACGGUGUUCCUGGUGAAGAACGUCCUCUCACGUCAUAACGUCCACUUGGAAAGAUCCCCGUGGAAGGGUCUGCCCGAGCUGACCAACGAGAACGGUCAGUACUGCUCCUUCAGCUGUGAGACGCAGGCCUGGUCCAUCGCCACCGUCCUGGAGGUCCUUCAUGACCUGUAGGCGUUCCCGGGGCGCUUCGGAAUCGCGAGUCUUCCUGAACGCCUCCCUCCGGGUGCUAGCUAGCUUCUGGAUGGAGGCGAAAUUGUUUUGGGGUGCUGAACCUGUGCCGCUGAACGUGUGCCGCGCGGUACGGAAACGAACCUCCCAAACAUUCGCCGUGUGCCAGUAGUAGAUUUUAAUGUCCGUCACGUUUCAUAAUUAGCAAAGCUUAGCAGAACCGAGUGGAACCCUGUGGGGUCGUCGUCCUGUCUGUGUGUCUCGUAGGUCGUGUUGUGUGUGUGUGUGUGUGUUUACAUCGUCUGUGAAUCUGCUGUAGUGUUUUAGUCACUGAUGAAGCCUUCGUUAGCGUCCGGUGCUUAACGUUCGUGUACUGAUUUACUGACCGUGAUAAAAAAGCAGAAACGUUUAUGAAAUAAAUUAAUUUAAGAGAUUCAGAA